CAACAAUCGUACCGUGUGCACAACCUUAAAGUUAAUUAUGUUUGUUUGGAAUCUGCCUUUGCUAUGCCUGCUUAGGAAAACAUUGGAUAUAUUUGGUGUUCUCUGCUCAGUUGGCACGAUUUUUAAUAAACUAUGUCUUUGACACCAGGAAAGGAAGACAACAUAAAUCUCAUUAAGAAUUUAACCCCUGUAAGAUUUUCGGAUAACACGCGUGGAAAAUCGUGUAUGCAAGAUCCUAACGUCCAGACAUGCAGAGAUCGCUUGGAUGAUAUAAUUUCACAACAAAAAAGUAAUUUUUCCAAAUGGCAAUUAGCUCAAAAAAGAGGUUUCGCCAUUUGUACAUCGAUUGAGUCUAUUAAGACCCGUGCUUUAGAAUCUAGGGAAUCCAGUCGUAACCUUAAGGAAAACGAGGAAACACUUUAUCCGAGAGAUCUAAAACAGCAUAUAGAAAAACUGAAUAUAAUUCUGACCAUAUUCGAAGAUAUAACAAAACAUGCAGAAGAAUUACUUCGACAAUUGAUAAAAUUAAGUAAAUUAGUUGGCAAUACAGAUAAAGUUUUUUACCAGUCGUGGGCGUUGUCGCAAUAUAUCAACUUCUUCGACCAAAUAUAUUCUUCUUAUAACAAAGAGAACCAAAUAAAACAACGGGUUGCUUGUGAAUUGCCGCACUGUAUGAACCGAUCAGAUUUAAUUCGUUGUACAACAGCAUGGGAAUACCCACAAUACAUUGAUGAAUGGACAUUCUUAAUGUUUGCAUUUUUGGAAGAAGAGAAUAAAAAUAAAACUUAGUUUUGGAAAAUUUUUUCACAGCUCACCUAAAAUGAUUCAAUAUAUGCACUAGGUUAGCAAAUGAUGCUUUAAACUAAUGGUUCGGCCGUAACCAAUUUCCAUGUGCAAUAUAAAUAAGUCAAUUAAACACUUUGAUCAUAUUCUAUUAAGUUUAGUAUUAAUAUGUUAUCUAAAUUAAUAUCGAACUUUAGAAUUAAUGUUAAGUUUAAAGAUAUUU